AUGAGUUUUGCUCGAACAAGAAAAAAAACACAAAGCACAAGAAAAGAAGAAGGAUCAUCAUUAAUGUCAGAGCAGGAAACCGAUUCAUGGGGCUUCCUGUUUGUCUGUUUCUUGAUCCUUUUCUCAGGUAAAUUAGUUGUCGGGGAUUCAUUGGAAACUGACGCAAAAGUUCUGCUGAAUCUGACAUCCUAUUUGCAAACGGCAACUCGUGCAAAUAGAGGAGAGUACAUGAACUGGAACAAGAACAGUUCUAAUCCUUGUGAUUGGUCAGGAAUUCAGUGCAGCCUCUUGAACGGGACAACAUGGAGGGUUGUGAAAGUAGACAUCUCUUCCAGUGACAUUUAUGGUGAAAUAUUCCAGGGCUUCUCUCAACUCACUGAGCUCACACACCUUGACAUCUCUUGGAACUCUCUCUCUGGGGAGAUUCCUGAUAACUUGAGGAGUUGCCACAAGCUUGUGUAUCUCAAUCUAUCCCAUAAUACUCUUGCGGGGGAAUUGAAUUUGAAGGGAUUGACUCAGUUGCAAACAGUGGACUUGUCAGUUAAUAGGUUCUAUGGGGAACUUGGGUUGAGUUUCCCUGCCAUUUGUGACAGUUUGGUGACUUUGAAUGUUUCAGAUAAUCACUUGAGUGGGGGCAUUCAAGGCUUCUUUGAUCAAUGCUUGAGGUUGCAGAACUUGGAUUUGAGCACCAACCAUCUGAAUGGGACCUUAUGGACUGGAUUUUCCAGGUUGAGAGAGUUCUCGAUCUCAGAGAAUUUUCUCACUGGGGUUGUUCUUCCCCAGGCUUUUCCAGUUAACUGUAGCAUUGAAAAACUGGAUCUUUCAGUGAAUGAAUUUGUUGGUAAGGUCCCCAAAGAGGUGUCUAACUGCAAGAAUUUAGUGGUUCUCAACCUUUCUAGUAACAAAUUCACUGGAGAUAUUCCCAGAGAAAUCGGUUCCAUUUCUGGUCUUGAGGGAUUGUUCUUGGAGAACAAUACUUUCUCAAGGGAUAUCCCAGAGACCCUUUUGAACUUGAACAAUUUGUUCAUCUUGGAUUUGAGCAGAAACAAAUUUGGUGGGGAGGUGCAGGGGAUUUUUGGGAAAUUCAAGCAACUGAAGUUUCUUGUGCUGCACACAAAUUCCUACACUGGAGGAUUGAACACAUCAGGCAUUUUUACAUUGACAAACCUAAGCCGCUUGGACUUGAGCUUCAAUAAUUUUUCUGGGCCAUUACCUGUUGAAAUCUCACAAAUGUCUUCACUCGCUUUCUUAACCCUAACCUACAACCAGUUCUCUGGACCUAUUCCAUCUGAAUUGGGAAAGUUGACUCGCCUUAUGGCUCUUGAUCUUGCCUUCAACAGUUUCAGUGGACCAAUCCCACCAAGCCUUGGAAACUUGACUUCUCUCUUAUGGCUAACCCUUUCAGAUAAUUCAUUAACCGGAGAAAUCCCACCAGAGUUGGGAAACUGCUCAAGCAUGUUAUGGCUAAACCUUGCAAACAACAAACUCUAUGGCAAAAUUCCUUCCGAGCUAACAAGAAUUGGAAGGAAUGCAAGGGCCACAUUUGAAUCAAAUGAAAAAAGUCUUGGGGGAGUUGUUGCUGGCAAUAGUGAGUGCUUAGCAAUGAGGAGAUGGAUACCUGCUGAUUACCCUCCGUUCAGCUUUGUGUAUACCAUCCUAACAAGGAAGAAUUGUAGGGCCCUUUGGGACAGGUUGCUCAAAGGAUAUGGUAUCUUCCCCAUGUGUUCUUCUGAGCCCUCCGCUAGAUCAUCACAUAUAGCAGGGUAUAUUCAGCUAAGUGGAAACCAUUUGAGUGGUGAUAUCCCUUCAGAAAUUGGGGCCAUGGUGAACUUUAGCAUGUUGCAUUUGGGGGAUAACAAGUUCACUGGGAAAUUCCCUCAAGAGAUGGUAGGUUUGCCACUUGUAGUCUUGAACAUGACCAGAAACAAUUUUUCUGGUGAAAUUCCAGUUGAAAUUGGCAACAUGAAGUGUCUGCAGGAUCUUGAUUUGUCUUGGAACAAUUUCUCUGGAACGUUUCCCAUAAGUCUAGCACACUUGGAUGAGCUUAGCAGGUUCAACAUCUCAUACAAUCCCCUCAUAUCUGGUACAGUCCCACCAGCUGGACACUUACUCACUUUUGACAAGGAUUCAUACUUGGGUGACCCUCUCUUGAACCUCCCAAAGUUCUUUAACAUCUCUGAUGAUAGAAAUAGCACUUUACACAGAGUCUUCAAAAAUCCCACAAAGUGGUCUUUGGUUUUGGCUCUGGCACUGGCUAUCAUGGUCUUUGGACUUCUUUUCCUUGUAAUAUGUUUCUUAGUGAAAAGUCCACCUAAGGAGCCAGGAUAUCACAUGAAGAAUACAAAGAAGCCACAUGAUUUAGUCAGCUCCGGAUCCUCACCAUGGUAUUCUGACACUGUUAAGAUAUUCCACCUGAACAAGACAGUUUUCACACAUGCAGACAUCUUGAAAGCAACCUCCAACUUCACAGAAGAAAGAGUCAUAGGAAGGGGUGGCUAUGGAACAGUAUAUAGAGGGUCGUUUCCAGACGGGAGAGAGGUGGCGGUGAAGAAGCUCCAAAGGGAAGGAACUGAGGGUGAAAAAGAAUUCAGAGCUGAAAUGAAGGUUCUAAGUGGUCAGGGAUUUAACUGGCCUCAUCCAAACCUUGUCACACUCUAUGGUUGGUGCCUCUAUGGUUCACAGAAGAUACUUGUUUAUGAGUACAUAGGAGGUGGAAGCUUGGAGGAACUCGUGACUGAUACAAAAAGGUUGACAUGGAAGAGGCGCCUAGAGGUGGCAAGUGAUGUGGCUAGGGCACUUGUCUAUUUACACCAUGAGUGCUACCCUUCUAUUGUGCAUAGAGAUGUGAAGGCUAGCAAUGUGUUGCUAGACAAGGAUGGAAAGGCCAAGGUCACAGACUUUGGACUUGCUAGGAUUGUUGAUGUCGGAGACAGUCAUGUGAGCACUAUAGUGGCUGGCACAGUGGGGUAUGUUGCACCAGAGUAUGGACAAACAUGGCAAGCCACCACCAAAGGGGAUGUGUACAGUUUUGGAGUGUUGGUUAUGGAGCUAGCAACAGGGAGAAGAGCAGUGGAUGGAGGGGAAGAGUGUUUGGUAGAAUGGACUAGGCGUGUUUUGAUGGGUCCUGGAAGACAAGGGUUAGGCCAAUCUGUGCCAGUUUUGUUGAAGGGAAGUGGGGUUGUUGAAGGUGCUAAGGAGAUGGGUGAGUUGCUCCGAGUUGGAGUGAAGUGCACACAUGAUGCACCACAGGCUAGGCCUAACAUGAAGGAGGUUCUAGCUAUGCUUAUUAAGAUAUACAAUCCCACUGGGGAUUCAGAUUAUGGAUACCUUGUGUAG